ACCAGAAUCAAACCUGGGACCCUUCAGUCCACAUGCCGACGCUCUACCCACUGAGCCAACCGGCUGGGGCUCCAGCACCAAUACUGAGUGUCUUCUCAGAGAGGAAACACCAUGUUUCUUAUCUGAUAUCUGGUCUGCUGGUCACCACUGGUCCCACUGAAGAGAUAAGCCCUGCCUCCUCCCAGGUCCCACCCCAAAGGAGGGCGGCUUCCCUUGGGCCAGUCUGGGCAGGAGGAUAAAGGGGCUCAGAGGGCCAAGGACAGAAGGCAGACAGACCGGGCAUGGUGAGGACGCUGCUCAAAGCCCCAUCCUCUCCCUUCCCAGGCUGUGUCCCCCCCCCCACAUCUCCUCACUGGCUCUCCUCCAUCCCCUCUCCCCCUGCAGAUGCUGUGGCUGCUGGUCCUGACUCUCCCCUGUCUGGGGGGCUCGUACCUGUGACCUCAGAUCCCAGCCCAGGGACUGAGCUGGUGGGCAUCGUGGGGGGGCAUGAUGCUGCUGUUGGGGCCUGGCCGUGGCAAGUGGGCCUUUGGUUCUGGAAUCAAACAAGUUCCCAAUGGAGUCUUUAUUGCGGGGGCUCCCUCAUCCACUCCCAGUGGGUGCUGACCGCUGCCCACUGCAUUCCAGGGACAAACCCAGUGACUCGGCACUUUAAGGUCCAACUAGGACAACUGAGACCCUCAUACAGUGACAGUGUGCAGGUGGCCAGGAUCAUCCGCCACCCCAAGUACAGGCUUGAAAAGGGAGUAUUCGGUGGGGCGGACGUGGCACUUCUCAAACUGGAGGCCCCCGUGCAACCAUCUAACCUCGUCAGUUGGAUCCGCCUCCCGCCAGCCUCCCUCUCAUUCCCCCCAGGCACAAGGUGCUGGGUGACUGGCUGGGGCGACAUUGCUUUUCACGGUAAGAAACAGAACCAGGAUGACACCGGGCGAUCUCCGCUGCCCCCGCCCUACCAGCUGCAGGAGAUGAUGGUUCCCAUUGUGGGGAACAGGGUCUGUAACCAGUGCUACCAGAACUCUUCCACCAACACUGGCCAGAUCAUCAAGGAUGACAUGCUGUGCGCUGGGAGUGAGGGCCAGGACUCCUGCCAGGGUGACUCUGAGGGCCCCUGGUGUGCAGCUGGGAAGGCACCUGGGUCCAGGUAG